AUGGCUGGGACUGCGGGACUCAAGGCUGAAGUGACCUGGAAGGUCCUGGAGCGAAGAGCCCGGACCAAGCGCUCAGGCUCAGUUUAUGAACCUCUUAAAAGCAUUAAUCUUCCAAGACCUGAUAAUGAAACUCUGUGGAAUAAAUUGGAUCGUUAUUACAGAAUUGUCAAGUCAACAUUGUUGGUAUAUCAGAGUCCAACCACAGGUCUCUUUCCCACUAAAACGUGUGGGAAUGAUAAGAAAGCUAAGAUCCAGGACAGCCUGUAUUGUGCUGCUGGGGCCUGGGCUUUGGCUCUUGCAUACAGGCACAUUGAUGAUGACAAGGGAAGGACCCAUGAGCUGGAGCAUUCGGCUAUAAAGUGUAUGCGAGGAAUUCUCUACUGCUAUAUGCGCCAGGCUGAUAAGGUACAACAGUUUAAACAGGAUCCACGCCCAACAACAUGUCUUCAUUCUGUUUUCAAUGUGCACACGGGAGAUGAAUUCUACUCCUAUGAGGAAUAUGGUCAUCUUCAGAUAAAUACAGUAUCACUCUAUCUUCUUUACCUUGUGGAAAUGAUUUCUUCAGGACUCCAGAUUAUCUACAACACUGAUGAGGUCUCUUUUAUUCAAAACCUUGUAUUUUGUGUAGAAAGAGUUUACCGGGUGCCUGACUUUGGUGUUUGGGAAAGAGGAAGCAAAUAUAAUAAUGGUGGUACUGAGCUACAUUCAAGCUCUGUCGGCUUAGCAAAAGCAGCUCUAGAAGCAAUUAAUGGAUUCAACCUCUUUGGCAAUCAGGGAUGUUCUUGGUCAGUUAUAUUUGUGGAUCUGGAUGCUCAUAAUCGCAACAGACAAACUUUGUGCUCUUUGUUACCUAGAGAAUCAAGAUCUCAUAACACAGACGCCGCCCUGCUCCCCUGCAUCAGCUAUCCUGCAUUUGCCCUGGAUGAUGAAGUUCUGUUUAACCAGACACUUGAUAAAGUGGUUAGAAAGUUAAAAGGAAAAUAUGGAUUUAAGCGUUUCUUGAGAGAUGGCUAUAGAACAUCAUUGGAAGAUCCCAACAGACGCUACUACAAACCAGCAGAAAUUAAGCUAUUUGAUGGCAUUGAAUGUGAAUUUCCCAUAUUUUUCCUUUACAUGAUGAUUGAUGGAGUUUUUAGGAACAAUCCCCAACAAGUAAAGGAAUAUCGGGAACUUCUGACUCCAGUACUUCAUCAUACCACAGAAGGAUAUCCUGUCGUGCCAAAGUACUAUUAUGUGCCAGCCGACUUUGUAGAACUUGAAAAAAGAAAUCCUGGUAGUCAAAAGCGAUUUCCUAGCAACUGUGGCCGUGAUGGAAAACUGUUUCUUUGGGGACAAGCCCUUUAUAUCAUUGCAAAUCUCCUGGUUGAUGAAUUAAUCAGUCCUAAAGACCUUGAUCCAGUCCAACGCUAUAUCCCACUACAGAAUCAACGUAACGUGAGCAUGAGAUUUUCCAAUCAGGGCCCACUGGAAAAUGAUUUGGUAGUUCAUGUAGCACUUGUAGCAGAAAGCCAACGCCUGCAAGUCUUUCUCAACACAUACGGCAUUCAGACUCAAACACCUCAGCAGGUAGAGCCCAUUCAGAUUUGGCCUCAGCAGGAGCUCGUGAAAGCUUAUUUCCACCUGGGUAUCAAUGAAAAGUUAGGACUCUCCGGAAGGCCAGAUAGGCCCAUUGGCUGCCUUGGAACAUCAAAGAUUUAUCGUAUUCUGGGGAAGACUGUGGUUUGUUACCCCAUCAUCUUUGACCUCAGUGAUUUCUACAUGUCUCAAGAUGUUUUACUGCUGAUAGAUGACAUAAAGAAUGCACUACAGUUUAUUAAGCAAUACUGGAAAAUGCAUGGACGUCCACUUUUCCUUGUUCUCAUCCGGGAGGACAAUAUAAGAGGUAGCCGGUUCAACCCUAUAUUAGAUAUGCUGGCAGCCUUUAAAAAGGGAAUGGUUGGAGGAGUCAAAGUUCAUGUUGAUCGUGUACAGACCCUAAUAUCUGGAGCUGUAGUAGAGCAACUUGACUUCUUACGAAUCAGUGACACAAAAGAACUUCCAGAAUUUAAGAGUUUUGAGGAAGUACAGCUUCCCAAACAUUCAAAAGUCAAAAGGCAGAGCAGCACCCCUGGUGGUUCUGAACUGGAACAGCAGCCAGAUGUCACCAUUACUGAAUGGAAAAACAAACCGACCCAUGAGAUUCUUCAAAAACUGCACGACUGCAGUUGUCUGGCCAGCCAAGCCAUCCUGCUGGGUAUACUGCUCAAAAGAGAAGGGCCCAACUUUAUCACACAGGAAGGUACCGUUUCUGAUCACAUUGAGAGAGUCUAUGGAAGAGCUGGCAGCAAAAAGCUUUGGUCGGUUGUGCGCCAUGCAGCAAGUCUUUUAAGUAAACUAGUGGACAGCCUGGCCCCAUCCAUUACUAAUGUUUUAGUGCAGGGCAAACAGGUAACUCUGGGUGCCUUUGGACAUGAAGAAGAGGUUAUCUCUAAUCCUUUGUCUCCAAGAGUGAUUAAGAACAUUAUUUAUUAUAAGUGUAACACCCACGAUGAGAGGGAAGCCGUCGUGCAGCAAGAGCUGGUCAUCCAUAUUGGCUGGAUCAUCUCUAAUAACCCCGAGUUAUUCAGUGGCAUGCUGAAAAUACGAAUUGGGUGGAUCAUCCAUGCUAUGAAGUAUGAGCUACAGAUCCGUGGUGGCGACAAGCCAGCCAUAGACUUAUAUCAGCUGUCACCCAGUGAAGUUAAACAACUUCUGCUGGAUAUUCUCCAGCCGCAACAGAAUGGAAGAUGUUGGCUGAACAGGCGUCAGAUCGAUGGGUCUUUGAACAGAACUCCCACUGGGUUCUAUGACCGUGUGUGGCAGAUCCUGGAGCGCACACCCAAUGGAAUCGUUGUGGCUGGGAAGCAUCUGCCACAGCAACCAACCCUGUCAGAUAUGACCAUGUAUGAGAUGAAUUUCUCUCUUCUUGUUGAAGACAUACUGGGAAAUAUUGACCAGCCAAAGUACAGACAAAUCAUUGUGGAGGAUGACAUGACUUCCUUUUACAACACUCCCCCUCUGGGAAAAAGAGGAACAUGCAGCUAUUUGACAAAGGCUGUGAUGAAUUUGCUGCUGGAAGAAGUCAAGGCCAGCAAUGAGGAUCCUUGUCUGGUUAGCUAG